CCCUACUACUUGCCGGCGGUAGAACAGCUCAUUCUAGAUUUGGACUCCCAAUAAUUGUGCAUGAGGGUUCCACUUGCAGCAUCAGUCAACAAAGUCCACAGGCAGAGUUAUUGAUGAAAGCAAAUCUUAUUAUAUGAGAUGAAGCGCCAAUGAUGCAUAGAUAUUGAUUCGAAGCACUAGAUAGCACCAUGAGAUCUAUCUUACAGUCGGACGAACCUUUUGGUGGUAAGGUGGUCGUUCUUGGAGGGGAUUUUAGGCAAGUUUUGCCGGUUAUUUUAAAAGCAUCCAUACAAGAUAUUGUUCAUGCCACGAUCAAUUCAUCACCUUUGUGGAAAAAUUGUAAAGUCCUAACGUUACACAAGAAUAUGAGACUUCAAUCUUCUACUUCUUCCUCUACUGUAGAAGAAAUAAAGGAAUUUGCAGAUCGGAUACUAAAAAUUGGUAAUGGUGAGGUUGGAGAGGAAAACGAUGGUGAAGUUUCUAUUGAAAUUCCACAUGAUAUGUUAAUUCAUGAUUCGGACGACCCCUUUUCAGAGUUGUUGCCGUUUGUUUAUCCAGAUUUCUUAAGUAAUAUUUUUACUCCAAAUUACUUUCAAUGUAGGGCAAUUCUUGGACCGACUAAUGAAAGUGUGGAUUUUAUUAAUGAUUAUUUGUCGUCACUCAUCCCUGGAGAAGAGAAGGAAUAUUUAAGCUCAGAUAGUAUUUGCAAAGAUGAGGCAACUUCUGAAGUUAACGCGGAAAUUUAUUCAGCAGAAUUCCUCAAUACCAUAAAAUGCUCCGGACUUCCUUCACAUAAGUUGAGAUUAAAAAUUGGGGUUCCGGUUAUGCUCAUAAGAAAUAUUGAUCAAGCUAGAGGAUUGUGCAAUGGAACUAGGCUUCAAGUUACUCAAAUGGGAACCCACGUUAUUAACUGUAAGAUUCUUUCUGGUAAACAUGUUGGUGAUAUGGUAUUUAUUCAUUCCUCGAAUGACUUUGAUACCUUCAAAUUGCACAUUGCCAAUCAAAUUUCAACGGCGACAAUUUCCGGUGAUUGUUUCAUUUGGCAUGACGAUUAACAAAAGUCAAGGACAAACACUUUCACAUGUCGGACUAUACCUUCCACGCCCUGUUUUCAGCCACGGACAAUUAUAUGUGGCAUUGUCUAGAGUAAAAAGUAGGUCUGGCAUAAAAAUACUCAUCUCCUCUGAAUCGGGAGAACUGUGCAAUUUCACUAAUAAUGUUGUGUACAAAGAAGUGUUUCAACGAAUUUGAGGUACAUAUUUAUUAACAUCACAUUUUCAAACAAUAUGGUAUCUUUUUUAUUAUUUUUAUUAAUACAUUUCAUGCACGUACAGGUCUAUUGGCAAUAAGUACUCUCCAACAUACUUUCUCCCAAGGUAAUUUAAUAAAAAUAUUUUUUGGUGGAUGUUACUUUAAUAGUAAUGGUUGAUUUGAACCCAAAAUUUAUUAUCAUUGUGAUGUUAUUUUUAUUGAUGAUGUAGGUGCAUUGAAGAAGUGUUGUAUCAUU